ACUUAUAAUACUCUAUUUGAUACUCUUAUUGGAGAUGUUCUAAUAUAUAUUUUUUUAAUUUCACAUAUACAUAUGGCACUAUUCAUUCAUCUUUAAGUAAAAAUUAACUUUUCAAAUUUAUUGAAUAACUAACAUAUCUAGGGCCUGUUUGGAUUAGCUUAUUUUUGAGCUUAUGCAAACAUGUAUGCAAUUUUUAUGUAUUAUAAGUUUGUCAAAGUAGUUUAGGAUAAAAUAACAUAUAAGAAUACAAUUUUCACUAGUGUGAAUUUAUAAAAUAGUAUAAAACUUAAUUUAUAUUACAUAAACUAUCUGCAUAAGCUUAAAAAUAAAUUAAUUCAAACAGACCCUAGUCUAUAUUACAAACUAAAUAUUCUUUCCGUUUCAAAAUAUAAGCAAAUAUGAGGGAAAAAAAUUUGAUGUAUUUGAUUAAAGAUUUGGACUAAAUACAUUCAGUUUUGUCGAUUAACUUUUACUUAUAUUUUGGGACGGAAGGAGUACAUCAAAAUAUUAAAUGAAUUUAAAAGAGUAUUAAUUAAGCGUGUCAACCGUUUUUAUUUUAAGUGUAAAGCGGCGCCAUUUAAAACAGGCAAUAAAAGCAAGCAAGGAGAAACCGAGUUUUGACCAACCUCCUCUCCUCUGUUUUUUCCUGAGCUGUUGUAACUUGUAAUUGCACCUUCCCCAAGUCAAACCAUCCUUCCCAUUCCAAAAUAAAUAUCAACCCACACGCUUAACAAACUUUUCUGCUUCUCCCUCCGGUGAUGCAAUGUCCACGUCACCAUCACCACGACAACCAACUCAAUCAAACAACAACCAGAGCUCCACCGUUAUCUCCGGCUGCUCUUUCAUCCUCGCACUUCUCCACUGCCUCCGCAACAAAAAACGAACAACUCCAUCUUCCGAUUCAGACUCCAACCCUCCUCACCCUUUCUCAUACUCCCUGCUCCGCCGCGCUACCCACUCAUUCUCCACUAUUCUCGGUCAUGGCGGCUUCGGUCCUGUCUACUCCGGUAUCCUCCCUUCCUCCGGUAAACCAAUCGCCGUCAAGCUAAUGAACUCUACAACCCUCGGAGGUCAAGGUGAACGUGAAUUCCACAACGAACUCUUCUUCGCUUCAAAACUUCAAUCCAACCUCCUUGUCCCUGCAAUCGGCUUCUCCUCCGAUCCAAAACGCCGUCGUUUUGUUCUCGUCUAUGAGCUUAUGCAUAACGGUAAUCUCCAUGAAGCUCUCUUUCGUCGUAAAUGCUCUGAAUUAACGCUAUGGAAAACGCGGUUUUCUAUAAUUAUUGAUAUUGCUAAAGGAAUUCGAUAUCUUCAUUCAUGCGAUCCACCGAUUAUUCAUGGUGAUAUUAAACCUAGUAAUAUUCUUCUUGAUCAUUCCUUUUCUGCUAAAAUUGCUGAUUUUGGACUUGCUAGGUUGAAAUCACUUUCCCCUUUCGAAAUCAGAAAAGAGGAAUUUGAGAGUGAUGAAACGGAAAUUGAAAGUGUUAUCACUAGUUUUGAGGAUUAUGAAACAGAUAUGGCUGGUGUUAGUGGUGGAAUCAAGAAGAGUGGGAGUGUGAAGGAUUAUGUGAUGGAUUGGAUUGGAAAAGAGGUGAAGGAAGAAAAGUUGAAGAAUGAUGAUUUGGUGGGUGGAAGUGGAAAUGGAAAGGGAGAGAAAAGUAAGAGCAAGAAAAAAUUGGAAUGGUGGGAAUCAAUGGAUGAGAGAAAGGAAAAGAGUGAUUUGAAGAAGAAGGAGAAGAGAAGACCAGCAAGGGAAUGGUGGAAGGAGGAGUAUUCUCAAGAACUUGAAAACAAGAACAAGAAGAAGAAUAAGAAAAAGGGUGAAAAAAAUGGUGAUAAUUGGUGGGAAUGGGAGAGAGAUCAUGAUGUGAAAAAAGGUAGUAGUAAAAAUCGUAGCAGAAAGGAUCGCGGUAGUGGUGAUUCAUGGUUUAGUGGUGAGUUAAGGAGAGUUAAUUGGAAUAGUUAUGAUUCAUGUAAUAGUGGAGAAAUUCACAAGAGUGGUGAAAUCACUAGUACUGCAAGUAUGAGAGGAACUGUUUUUUAUGUUGCUCCUGAGAAUGGUUAUAGUGGUAGUGAUGUAACGGAGAAGUGUGAUGUUUAUAGUUUUGGUGUGUUAUUGCUUGUUAUUGUUUCUGGGAGAAGACCUCUUCAGGUGAAUGAUGGUGGUAGUAGUGGUGGUGGUGAUAGAUUCACACAGUUUAAGCGAUCGAAUUUGGUGUCUUGGGCUAGACAUUGUGCGCGUAAUGGGAAACUACUUGAACUUGUUGAUCCUUCUGUUGAGUUGUUGUUAUUGGAUGAUAAAGAGCAGGCUCUUUUAUGCAUCAAAAUUGCAUUGCUUUGUUUGCUCAAGUCACCUAAUCGUCGUCCUUCAAUGAAAGAAGCUGCGGGAAUGCUUUGUGGGGAAUUGGAACCGCCUCAAUUGCCGUCUGAGUACUCGCAAUCUCGAUUCCAAUUCAAGAAUAAAAAAUAAUGUUCAUCAUGACAGAUAUAGAUUGUAGUUAGUUUGACUUAGUAUUAUAACUGUCAACAAGUUUGGAGGAAGUUGUGUUCUCGCCAAUUUGGUUCCUUUGCAGCUACUUGCACUAAAAAACCAACCAGUCGUAGAGGAUCCAAAUCCGUGUUUUCAAUAUCGGAGUAUAUACACUAUGGUUAGUUACAUAAGAAAUCCGGCCACGGCAGAGGAUUCAAGUUUGUGUUCUCACUAAUGGAUUAUACAAUUAUGUUUUUUCUUUUUUCUUUUUGGAGAUCAUGUAGGCUCCAUUUCUUGCACUUGUUCUUAGGAUUGAUUUUUGUGUAUAGAGAAUCAUGUUAUUUCACACUGACUUUUAGGCUUGUUUUGGAAAUUAUGGCCAAUGCUUUUAGUGUAGGGGCCAUCUUUGUAGUUCACAUAACUUUUGAUAAAGAAGAAGCUAAUUAUCCUAUCUUUUAUAUACAUUAUUGUUUUGAUAUGCAAAAAAAAAAUAAAAAAUACAUUAUUGUUUUGGGA